AUGUCCGAACAGCGCAACAUCGUCGUGCUUGGCGCCUCGGGCGCUGGGCUUCAGGCCGCCCACUACGUCCUCAAGUACAUAUUACCCGAUCUCAAAGCCAAGAACGACGGUAGAUAUCACGUGUACCUCAUUUCGCCCAUCUCAUACUGGUACUUCAGAAAUGCGUCGCCUCGAGUGGCAGCUUCUACCGACCGCAUGGCGCUCGACAAAGUCCAGCUGGAUAUACGUCAGGGCUUCAAGCAGUACUCCCCGGAAGAUUUCACCUUUAUCGAGGCUUCUGCAACUGGCCUCAAUCAAUCGGCGCGAGAAGUCCUAUAUCGCAAAAAACAAGACGCAGAGGAUGAGGUUCUGACUUAUCACGCGUUGGUUAUUGCAACUGGUAGCAGUACGCACUAUCCCGCCUUUUCCAUGAGCAUGGACGCGCAGGAAACAUUGGAUUCAAUUACUUUUACCAAUGAGAAGGUGGCUACAGCAAAAAGCAUUGUUAUUGCUGGCGGUGGUCCUACAGCCGUGGAGUUCGCUGGCGAGGUUGCCGAGCACCGCAACGGUAAGCCGGGCUGGUUCAGCAAGGUCGAGCCAAAGGCAGAGAUCACUUUGAUUGCGGCCGAUGAAAAGCUUCUCCCUGGCCUGCGCCCUGCCAUACGUGACACAGCAGCACAAAAACUUGAAGCUCUCGGUGUAAAGGUUGUCUUGAACUCGCGUGUGACGGGAGCCGAGCCUGCACAAGAUGGCCGGACGGUGCUGACCCUCAAGAAUGGCGACAAGCUGGAUGCUGAUCUUUACGUACCCGCGUAUGGCGUCAGGCCAAACUCAUCCUGGAUUCCAAAGGAGCUUCUGGACGAGAAUGGCUAUGUCGCCACCAACAAUUCCACCCUUCGUGUCGAUAGCGCCGGCCCCCGAGUCUAUGCUCUUGGCGAUGUCGGUUCCUAUUCGCGCAACAACUUCUUUGAUAUCUUGGAUGGGCUCCCUGUUCUCGGUGUCAACCUCAAGCGUGACUUGGUGUCGUACAACAGCAUGCUCCCUGACGAGAAGCCCAAGGGAAAGGAUCGGGAAUUCAAGCCCAACAUGAAAGAGAGCAUGGCAGUCCCAGUCGGAAGUGGUGGUGGCGUUGGUGCUCUCUUUGGUUGGAGGCUACCGAGUUUCUUCGUUCGCUUGAUCAAAGGAAGAGACUAUAUGAUUGGUAUGAGCGGAUUGUCGACCGUAAAUGGGUCUCGUGUGAGCGAGGCCAAAUGGACCAAGGAGGAGGCUCCCAUGUGAACAGAGUAAACAGAACGGGAUAUCUCUGCGUGUGGUUUGAGUGUAUAGUUUUAUACCACUUUUCUUUGCUUGUCCUUGUAGCAGUAUAGAGCUU